UAAAUGUGAGGUGUUUAUUGUUAUGUAUCAGGGAGGACGGACUGGUCUUGUUGGAAAAACUCCCUCCUCCCCGUUUAUCAUUCUUUUUCUUUUCUUUAAAAACCAAACAAAACAAAACAAAACGUAUAUAUAAGUGAUGUAGGUGGUGCAUGUUAUUUUUGUUACAAUGGACUUUCCGGUUUGGGUUUUAUACGGGGUUUAAAAAUGGAAAGGCGAAGUGUUGGAAAGCGAGGAGAGGGGAAAGAGCACCGGCGCGUGGAGAACGAGACUACACGGGAUUACGCGGAGAGCUCGCGCUGUAUAGACACACUGAUGCACCGAUUACAGAGCGGAGUCGGGUGGUUUUGUUGCUCGCGCUUAAAACGUGACCGCGAGCGUUUAACGUCCGGUGUUUAGGGCUUGGUUUCGUUUGUCGUGUCGUAGCCUGUGUUAUCUGCCGUGUGUGUGAGCGCAGACCUUUCACUUCCACCGCGUUCGAGCCGAAUCCGGCUGUUUUCUUUCUUUCUUUCUUUCUUUCUUUCUCUCUCAUUUCCUACUCAUUAAACUUUUGCCGAAUGGUUCUACAAGUGUCGUCCCGUGUAGCACUGAUCGCAUGGUGUGUGUGUAGAGGGAUUGAUUGAUGGAGAGAGAGAGAGAAUGAUCGAGAGGGAGAUCCGGAUUGUGAAACGUUUACGUAAUUGAAGGCGAUUAAAGAGAGCGCGCGAGCGCGGUCUGGCUAAUGACCUCACAAGUCAUUACUGUAUUUAAAUGCACGUUUUCUACGUCAUUUCCGGCGCUGAUGUAGUCAUGACGAGGUAGCGUUUUUGAUCACCAAAGACUUGUUCACUUUUUCUUAGUAUUUAUUUUAUUUGUGUGUGUGUGAGAUAGAUAGCUAGAAGGAUUUGAUUAAGUAAGGAUGGACACCGGGAUCCAGAGUUCUUCCGAGCAUUUCGCUCACGAGCCGAGCGCACCCGGUGUGUGUGCAGAAAUGCUGGAAGUGGCCGAGGAAGCACGCCGAGCCGGCGAUUACGAGCUUGCUGUUGAGAUCUACUCGUCUCAGCUGUCCGAGCUCCAUCAGCCCGAUCGGGGGCUUUGCAUGCGCAAAGCGGACACUUUAGCCCGCGCCGGUCGGAUAGCCGAUGCUUUGGACUCGUACUGCAUCGCCGCGGACCUGCACCGACUCCGACCGGAGGAGCUGCGGCUGUUAGUGGAGAGCAUCGCGCGCACGAUCCGGGUGAAGGAGCCGCAAGCGAGCGCGAGCGCCAACGCGGCCACCUGUUCCGACCCGGACGAGCUCGAGGAAGAGCACGCGCUCGAUUUGUUUUCGUGUCGCCUCUGCAAGUGUUUGCUAUCCGAGCCCACUACGCUAGUGUGCGGCCACACGUUCUGCAAACGGUGCCUGGAGGACGCCGCGGUUAACGAGUGCAAGUCGUGCCGCACGAGCAUGAACAAAUCGUGGUGCACGAGCGGCCUGCGGGCCAACGUUAUUCUCAGCGGCCUGCUCGACAAGUGGUUCGAGGCGGAAAGUCAAUCCAGGAGGUGCUGGCUCGAGGGGGAAAGCUUGUGGAAGAAACAAGAUCUACAAGGAGCCCUGGAAAAGUAUAACCAGGCUGUGGACGUAGCGUCUUCUAUCGCUAGUUUACGAGCACAGCGGGCUGAGCUGCAAAUGGACAUGAAGAACUUUAACCAAGCGAUCCAGGAUGCGGACAGCGUCUGCCGCCUCCUACCAGCUUCACCCAAGGCCCACUACCUUAGGGCCAAGGCGCUUUGCUGUGCUGGCCGCAGAGAAGAGGCAUUGCAGGAGUAUUUUAUUUGUGUAGCACUCAAGCCAGACUGGACAUCUGUAAAAUCAGAGGCACAGAAGAUCCUGAGUGAGAUGUUUUCGUCCAUCUUUCAGAACGACAGUCUGGUCACACGCCUCCAUCCGCUUCAAACCACCAACUCAUCCCCUCGCAUCAAACCUUCAUCACUCCUCAGCUCUCUGCACUUUCCACUGACGAGGGACGGAGCCAGAGCCGGCUGUUCCAAAGACCCUGCGCUCAGUAAUAAUAAAGCUUGCGACGGUUCGAGUUCCUCGUCCUUAAAUCAGCCAGAGCACAGCAUAGAAGAAUCCAAAAGCCUGGCAGCUGUGCUUUCCUCGCUCCCUGUAGCUCCUGGUGUUAAGAGAAAAUGCUUGGCUGAUGCCAGUGCCUUCGUGCCUCCCAGCAAGAUUCUCAAAGCAGAUCCACCCAGCUCCUCACACACGCCUCCUGUCCAGCGCGGGACGAGGACAGUACCGUCGCAUCUCCUGGACAGCGCUGACAUGGAGUGUUCACUGUGCAUGAGGUUGUUCUACGAGCCCGUCACCACUCCCUGUGGACACACCUUCUGUCUCAAGUGUCUGGAACGCUGCCUGGAUCAUAACCCCAACUGUCCUCUAUGCAAAGAGAACCUUUCCGAGUUUCUGGCCACUAGAGGGUACAAAAAGACCUUCCUGAUGGAAGAGGUACUUCAGCGCUACCUGCGUGAGGAGCUGGAAGAGAGAAGGAAAGUGCAUGAAGAAGAAAUGAAAGAACUGUCCAAUUUGAACCAGGAAGUUCCUAUCUUCAUUUGCACCAUGGCAUUUCCCACAAUCCCCUGCCCGCUGCACGUAUUCGAGCCGCGCUACAGGCUGAUGAUUCGCAGGGCCAUGGAGACCGGAACCAAGCAGUUCGGCAUGUGCAUUUCUGACCAGCUGAAAGGGUUUGCCGAUCACGGCUGCAUGCUGGAGGUGAGAGACGUGAAGUUCUUCCCUGACGGUCGCUCGGUGGUCGAUACGAUUGGCAUGUCUCGCUUCAAAGUGCUCAGCCAUGGCCAGAGAGACGGCUACAACACGGCCAAGAUCGAAUAUCUGGAGGACAAGAAGGUGGAAGGAGAGGAAUUAACCGAGCUUCUGAAGCUACACGACUCCGUGUACGAUCAGGCCACAGCCUGGUUCACGUCUCUCAAAGACAACAUGAAAAGCCAGAUCCUGAGCCACUUCGGUCACCUGCCUGCCAAAGCCCCCGACCCACAGGGGAACCCCAGUGGGCCGGCGUGGUGUUGGUGGCUGCUGGCUGUGCUGCCUCUCGAGAAUAAAGCUCAGCUCACCAUCCUCGCCAUGACCUCCCUGAAAGACCGACUCAUUGCCAUCCGCCGAGUGCUCAUCUUCGUCACCAGGAAGCGUCCACGAUGACCUCGGCCUUCCUCGAUCAUCAGUCGUCGUCGCUGUCGCUUCAGGAGCCACAAAGACCGGUAGCGGGCCACUGAAGCAGCUUGUCGAGUCUUUCAUCAUCCGCAACCACUCGUCCAAUGAUAAACUGACGCGCACCUUCUCUUCAGCACGCGGUCCGUGUUGAUUUCCCAAAAAAUAAAAAACCACAGGCUGAACGAAUGACUGUAGCUGAAGACGUAGUCAAAACUGAAAGAGGAAGCCAUGUGCUGAUAACCGAAUGCUGUGAACAUCCCACUCCUGCUUCUGUGCCUCGUACGUGUGUAAGGCUAACCAAAUGCAUCUCAUGGGCUUCCGGUAUGUUUACUAGUCCAGUGGCCUGCUUGUGGUUCACACAUCAUGUACUAGUUAAGCCUAUACACAACUUUUUUGUUUUGUUUUUUUUUGUUUUUUGUUUUUUUAAUUACCUCCUUUAAAAACCGGUCUCGCAAGUCACACCUCGCACAAGUCUUCAUUAUAUUUACCAUCGAAAUCGAACAGCGUGACGUUGGAAUUGGAACCGUUUCACAGGACGCGUCAUCAGUCGGCCUCCGGUCCUUUUUUUCUGUUGAAGUUUUAUUAAAGCUUUGCUUGAUGUCGAUGUGGAAGGAUAGAAACGUGUAGUAUAUCUGAAAGGGAAAAUGUCAAUCCUGUAUUUAAUAUAGUGGCUAGCAUUGUGAAGUCUGGCUGAUCAAAAUGUACCGGGUACAAUGAUGUCCUGUCCAUCAGGAGUAUUCUGUUCUUCAGUCCCUCUAGGAUUUCACGUUUGCAGAAAUCGACGCAAAAUCGAGCAAACACGACAGUAUUCGGAGGAGCUUGCAGUUUUCCAAAAUUACCGCAGAUUAUGUGACGUCAUCACAAAGCGCAUUCGGACUCGACGCUCUUCGAUCCAUGUGCGUCGAACGCGAGUACAGCUAAAAUGUCUCGUUUACCAUCAGACAUCACUGACGAACAAGGUCAUGCAAUUUCGCCAAUUCAAGUAGGUUUCUGCGAAAAAUAACUUUUGAUUUGAAAAAAGCCGCAGCAAAAUCGAGCAUCUUUGGCGGCGACAAUCACCGUGGGGGGGGGAACCUCUGCGAAAUCCUGUAUGGACUGGUUAAUAACACUUUUUGGCACUCUAAGAACACUUUUUUUUUUUUUUUUUUUUUUACAAUGACAUGGAAAUGUUUUUAUUUAUGUUACUUUGCGAAAUACAUGUGUCUAGCAAACUUUCUAGUUAAGGAAAGUAUUUUCGGACAGCCGCGCGUCCUAGCGAAACGCACAUCAGCCUGAUCGAUUCGUUUUGUAAUCGGAAAACCGCUGUCAAAAUGGCCGCCGUCCUGCUGCACAGCCACCGUCAUCAUCGAUAUCAUAACAGAGAAGAGCACUUACACGCUGUGUACACGUGACCGUGCAAAAUGAGCUUACAGAAGAGAGACGGCUGAAUUAUCCAGCGGUUAUUUCUCCACAGAUGUUGGCGUGAACGGAGAUGAUCGCAGUUAACUGAAGAAAUAACGACGAGGCUCGCGUUUAAAUGCCGUGAGUGACUUUGUACCUCAGGUAGCGAGACGGAGACUGAUUUGGAUGAUUCGGAUAAUCGGUGAUUCGGAUAAUCGGUGAUUCGGAUAAUCGGUGAUUCGGAUAAUCGGUGAUUCGGAUAAUCGGUGUGUGAAUCUUUUCCGUUUUCCAUUUAGCAGGAAUGUCGUUUUCCCAUGAAUAGAUGAUUAAGUUGUAAAUGUCGAGGUAGGCGGGGCGUCUGAGUGGAAUUUGGCUGGAAUUGAAUCUUUAAAUGCGUGGAGUUUUUUUUUUCCUUUUCUUUUUCUCCUCCCUUUCUCUCGUAUUUCCGUUAAGGAAAGCCUGUAGCUUUUCGAAGAAAGGGUUCUCCCGGGCCGGACUCUUUUUAAAUAUCGAUCGAUUUAAAGUUCCCGCUAGUCACUGUGUGAGCAGUGUACUGACACUGGCACUGAAUCCAUGUGAUGUGGUCUGUUGCUAAAAAGGAGUGAAGUCACUUUAUCCAAAUUUGAUUUCCAAUUGAUUUGUAUUUAUUUAAAUUUGCCUCAUUUCUGUUUACAUUUUGCUUUGGAUGUACUUGAGGCCAAUUGAGUUGCCCCCCUCCCCCCCCCCCCAAAAAAAAAGCGCCAUUGCACUAACACUAUAUAUAAACGCAGGGUGUCCCAAACCUCUCCAUACGUAGGGGGCUGUGUUUGCUAGCACCGCGUCGGUUGUGCCUUCGUCAGUGGACGUUCGUGGACGUCCACGUCUCCGUUGCAACACUUCCAGUCUUUCUGAAUUUGUUAAUCGUUUGGCAGGCGUGUCACGUGCGCGAUGUGCUCGCCAUGUUUCCUGUUGAAGUCCAUCUUCCCGAUGCAUCCAUGAGAAUGAUUUCAAUACGUUCUUCUUUUGUCGAAGGUAUUCUUAAAGACUAUCUGAGAUGUGUGUGUGUAUGUGUGUAUGUGUGUAUGUGUGUAUGUAUGUAUGUAUGUAUUAUUUAAAAAAUUUUGAAAACAUUUUGCUAAAAGGUGUUAAGUUCCCCUAUGUGUGGAAACUUUUGGGACACCGUGUGUGUGUGAAAUAGAAUAUAUUGGUCAUUGAGGUGUGAAAAUACACUUUUAAAAAAAAAAAAAAAAAGAAUACGCUGUUACUGAUGACAUUACUGUGUGGCAAUAUGUUUGCUAGUUUUAAAAUUAGACUUUACUGAUAAUGCUGAUGACUCCAAGUAAACAUUACAGCGCAAAAUGUAGUGUAUAUUCGGCCGUGUGUGUGUCAUCUCUCGCCCGAAUUCCUCCGAUUGUUUUCUUAAUACAUGAGAAGCACUGUGAUGAAGUCGGCUUUCUUUACAUUCGGUCAAUCAGGACGAGUCCUCACUACAGAUUUGGCAACCGAAGCUGCGAAGCAAUUGCCGGCGUUACUUUAAGUCAUGAUUCUGUGAUAAAGAUGAAAUGAAAAUAACCACAAAGUGAUGCACAGCACAGCACAACACAACACAACAUCCUAUUGGACAGUAAAUUCUUGUAGGCCAUAUCAGUUAAUUAUCAGUUAAGUCUCAGGUUGCGAAAGCGCUUUAUUUGCUCAUGUCGGACAGCUUCAGGAUUAGUCCCUCAUCCAAAAAUGAAAAUAUCGAGUCCUCUACUUUUAUCAUUGUAUGCUCUAUGCACCUUUUACCUUAUGUUUCUGCGCAAUGAGCCGUUUGCGAAACUUGAACCUGUUGAUGAUAAAGGUUUGUGAUCAUCCGUGUACAGACAAAUCCGAGGCCUUGGACCGACCUUUUCUUUAUUUUUUUAUUUUUCCACUGUGACCGAUUCUUCCUUUUUGUGAUGUGUAAGACUUUUUGUGUAGCUCCUCUUUUUCUCAUGUAGCAUCUCUUCCUGGUUACUGCACAAAUGCUGCAUUUUUAUGUCAAUUUGUACGUUCAGAUGAAAUUAAACUUUAUUUUAUAUUUGAAAUCAAAACGAGCUUCGUGUUUAAAUGUGGGGUUUUUCUGUUGUUUUUUUUGGUGGUGGUUUAAAUGGUAAAGAUUUCUGUGUGUUUGCUUUUUGUAUUUUACUUUAAUAGUGUUGUUUCCUGAGACUUUUAAUUUUACUUUUACAGCAUGUCCACUGUAGUGGACCACAGGACCAUUUUAGUUUGAAAAGACAGCCAAACUCAAAAGAUAAAAAAUAAA